UUCUUUCUUGUUUAACAAGUUAAAAGCCUUAAAUUUGUGUCAUCAGAAAAACUGAGAUCAUGUUUUAGUUAGAAAACUUAUUGUCUGUGAUUAAACAUAUUAAUGUCUAGUUUGAGAGAGCUUUUUGUAUUUUGAGGUAAAAUACAUUGCAGAAUGUAAUUGACUUGUCAGUGGUUUUCUCAGUAUUUUUGUAAGAUUUAUUACUAAAAUGUAGUUUUUCUGUCAGUAAAAUAAUGCAGCAAAUCAUGUAAGUAUAUUUGUUGCAGUUUAAUACCCAAGAAUUACUUAUUUCUGUCACUUCUCUUGUAAUUAUUGCAACAUACUUUUUUUAGUGAAUAAAGUUUAAUAUACAUGUCUGGUGCGGAUGUUUUGUUUUCUAUUUCAUUCAAUUUACAAGAGGGGGAGGACCCAUCUUCAGAUAUUUUUACAACAGUCAAUUGUUUAGCAAACAUUCUUAGAUACUUGAGAUCUAGGAAAAUUGACUUCUGUUGAUAGUUUUGUAAGAGAGAUGCACCAUGCCAAACUUUCCCCGUUUAUAGCUUAGGGCUGCAUGGAUAGUGCUCUCCAAACUUUAUGAACAUUCCUCUACAUUGGAAGGCCUUUUCCCGAAGGUACAACAGUUUUGAGAGGAAAGAACAUUAAUCAAUGAGCCUUUUUUCAGCUGCUCAUUUUAAGACCUCCUCAAUCGAUAAAAUAUGUUUGACACCAUUACCCAAACCCCACUAGAGCAGUAAGAGGUUAUUAUAUCACCCACGCAAGACCAUACCACCCGUCCGAUGAUUUCCGAGGACAUUCCGAAGAUUUCCAAAAACUCCGAACAUUUCCACGAAGAAUUUCACGUUCUGUUGCCUUUCAGUCUUUUACUGUUCGAGUUUACGUAUUUUUCGAACGUGUGCGAGUUAAAGCUGCAGCUCCUGUUUUCCUUUUUACCUCGGCGUGGAAGAUUGGUCCAUAGCUGGGCGUGAGACCAAAAUUUUAAUACAGCACAAAAGAUGUAAGGUUAUUAGUAGCACGAGUCAAGCACGAGUUAUAUGGGUCAACUUCGAGCCAAACUCGGGUCAACGUCUGUUCUGGUCUUUUUUUCUCGGGCAUUGUAACGAUUUUCAACUGUUUUUUUUGUCUAGUAACUAGUGAACUGGAACAACAAAUAUACUUGCGCGCUGUUCGGGUUUUCCCUGCAAAUCGCAGGUGCAUCGAAUUUAUGCUCAAAUUGCAUUGUGGGACGUAAAUUUAAUAAACAAAGGAAAUGGCGGCCGCGAAGGAAGGAGAAAGCUUUAUGGAAGUCCUCAAUUACAAGGACUCAUUUCAUGCUUGCCACGUUUUGGAGACCCUUAAGAAAUUGUAUUUAAAAAAGGAACUUUGCGAUGUUGUUUUGAUAGUGGAUGAACAAGAAAUCAAAGCACAUCGAGUGGUUUUAGCAGCGAAUAGCGCCUAUUUUUAUUCAAUGUUUACCACCGACAUGUGCGAGAGUGUUCAAGAGAGGAUUUCCCUGAAAGGAAUAGACUUCGAGGCAGUGGAGCUUAUAGUAAACUUUUGCUACACUUCGACUAUAGAAAUUACGGAGAAAAACGCACAAAAUCUUCUGUCAGUGUCGAAUUUACUGCAGUUCAACACGAUCAUCGAAUCUUGUUGUGGGUUUUUGAAGAAUCAGUUACACCCCACAAACUGUCUGGGGAUUGGAGAUUUUGCCGAUCACCACGGCUUCUCAAAAUUAAAAAAUGCCGCACAAUGCUAUGCUGAAAAACAUUUUCUUGAGGUAAUUAAGUCUGAGGAAUUUCUUAAUGCGACUUGCGAACAGAUAUCGACCAUGCUGAAGAGUGAUUUCCUUGAUGUGGCGAGUGAACAAGAGGUUUUCGAUUCUGUCAUACAGUGGAUCUAUCACGACGAGGGUCGUCGGAAGCGACAUUUACCAGGAUUUCUCAAAGACAUUAGGCUCCCUUUAUUGCCGCCGAAAAUUUUAGUUGAUUGUAUAGAGAGCGAGAAGCUGGUAGAAAGCAAUGACACUUGCAUGAGGCUAAUCAGUGAGGCAAAGAACUUUCAUCUGCUUCCUGAACGACGUGACAACAUCCCAUUCGGGACACAGGCUAGGCAUAAAGCCAGGAGCACUAUGAUCUACAUUGUGGGUGGUGAAAUACAUAACAGGGUAUUCAACAGUGUCAGGAGAUUCAACUUUGAGACCAACAUGUGGGAUGAAGUGGCUCCAAUGAACAAACAUCGUGAUGGUGUGGGUGUGGCUGUAUAUAGUGGCCAUAUUUAUGCUGCAGGAGGAUGUGAUGGUGAUGUAGCCCUUAGUUCAGUAGAAUGUUACCAUCCUGCCACUGACAAGUGGACGUAUGUUCAGCCUAUGGCAUGUGGACGGCAUGCUUUUGGUUUGGUAGAGCUGGAUGGUUGGUUGUAUGCAUCGGGAGGAAGUGACUUCUCACGUUCUGAAUAUAACAGCUUGGAACGUUAUGAUCCAGUCAGGGAUGUCUGGACUCACAUGAAACCCAUGAGCACAAUGCGAGAGGGAAUUGCCAUGGUUACUCUAGAUGGUACUAUCUAUGCAAUUGGUGGAGACAACGGUGUCUCUAUAUUAAACACGGUAGAAAGGUAUGACCCACGGCUGGAUCGCUGGAGUGCUUGUGUCGCCAUGAGCUAUCGACGAAGAUACUUUGGUGCAGCAGUACUUAAGAGCAAGAUAUUUGUUGUCGGAGGGAGUGAUUAUGAUGAAGAUCAUAACUCUGUGGAGUGUUUUGAUCCACGUAUGAACAGAUGGCUUUCACUGCCUCCGAUGCUGAUGAGGAGAGAGAGUCCAGCUGUAGCUGCUGUUGAUGACAAAUUGUUUGCCAUGGGAGGUGCAUGCAUGAAUGUUGAAACAGAAAAGAUUGACUGCUAUGAUCCUUUAACUAACAAGUGGGAGGAGUUUGCGCCACUACCUCUGGCCAUAGAAGGCAUGGGUGUAGCUGUAAUCCUUAACCAAACAGAAAGUCUGUUCAUUGUGUUUUCAUCUCAUCAAGGUAUUGCCUGUAGCAAGAACUGUUGUACAGUUUCUAAUCAGAAUCUUAAAGGAAAAUGGAUUGAAACAUCCAUUAAACUUUUAAAAAUUGCUUGCUGCUAUUUACAAUUUUGUUUUACACCAUUUUUGUUAGGAUGUGAUGGUGAUGUAGCCCUUAGUUCAGUAGAAUGUUACCAUCCUGCCACUGACAAGUGGACGUAUGUUCAGCCUAUGGCAUGUGGACGGCAUGCUUUUGGUUUGGUAGAGCUGGAUGGUUGGUUGUAUGCAUCGGGAGGAAGUGACUUCUCACGUUCUGAAUAUAACAGCUUGGAACGUUAUGAUCCAGUCAGGGAUGUCUGGACUCACAUGAAACCCAUGAGCACAAUGCGAGAGGGAAUUGCCAUGGUUACUCUAGAUGGUACUAUCUAUGCAAUUGGUGGAGACAACGGUGUCUCUAUAUUAAACACGGUAGAAAGGUAUGACCCACGGCUGGAUCGCUGGAGUGCUUGUGUCGCCAUGAGCUAUCGACGAAGAUACUUUGGUGCAGCAGUACUUAAGAGCAAGAUAUUUGUUGUCGGAGGGAGUGAUUAUGAUGAAGAUCAUAACUCUGUGGAGUGUUUUGAUCCACGUAUGAACAGAUGGCUUUCACUGCCUCCGAUGCUGAUGAGGAGAGAGAGUCCAGCUGUAGCUGCUGUUGAUGACAAAUUGUUUGCCAUGGGAGGUGCAUGCAUGAAUGUUGAAACAGAAAAGAUUGACUGCUAUGAUCCUUUAACUAACAAGUGGGAGGAGUUUGCGCCACUACCUCUGGCCAUAGAAGGCAUGGGUGUAGCUGUAAUAUGACAUGCAACAAUUGGAAUGCCAGAAGUUGGCUGUUGUUUGAAUGUUUAGCUUCAUUUGCUAAGAAAAAAUUGCAUUAUUUCACAAAGGUUUUAAAAGCAGCACCUAGUGCUUGUACUAUAAUUAUUUUAUUUAAAAUUAAAUUAAUAAGAAAUAAAAUAACUGUGGUAUUGUGUGGACGGAGAAGUUAAAAAAAAACUUCAAUAGUUGGUUCAAAAAGAAAAGUACAAAAAGAAUGCUAUCAAAUAGACACAAACUAGGAAAAAAUUAUUCAAUAAAAUUAUUUCUCUCUUAAAUUUAUGUAAAAUAAAUUACCUUUAUUAUAGCAAUGUUGCAUAUUUAACUGUAAUGCACUGUUGGCUUUUCAGUCCUUAACCAAACAGAAAGGCUGUUCAUUGUGUUUUCAUCUCAUCAAGGUAUUGCCUGUAACAAGAACUGUUGUAGAGUUUCUAAUCAGAAUCUUAAAGGAAGUAAGAAUACAGCAACAAGUUACCAACGAAAGUCUAACGACACACAGCAAACAUCACACACUUGAGAAAAAUGUUGAUACAAGAAAAUAUUUUAUGAUAUAAGGGUGAAAUAUAGUGUCCUUUGGUCUAUCUUGAUAUAACAAAUAUUAUUAAUAUAAAAUGUUUGAGUUGUAAAUGACUUUUACGAUAAAUUAAUAUAUUCUGAUCUAUUAGAAUAUUACAGGAGACCCUCUCUACAAUGGUACCUUAAAUUUAUGGAAAAUUAACUGAACAUUGUAGAUUGGUGAAGGCAGAGUAUAAAAUAUGGACUGACAUAACGUACUCAGAAAAAAUAUCCUGGCCUUCACAGAGAGGUGGCUACUAUAGACAAGUUAUUGGUAGUGGAGGUUUGACUGAGGUAAUUUAAUGUUUUGAAUAUUUAUUGGCUAGUUCCACUAUCAACUUAUGUUAUAAAAAUUAUAUGUUUACAGAAAAUGUAUGACUAACAGAGGAAUAAAAAAGGUUUAUGUUCAA